AUGUCUUCUUCAUAUAAUAAGAUAGGAAAACUUUUGGGUUGGCUAAGUUUUUUGGCUUUAUUCCAUUCAACUUAUUCAACUUAUGAACAUCUUUCUUACUUAAAAGCCGUGGAGAAAGUUCCAAACGAUGUACCAAUUGAAACUAGAAUGCGUAUAAAACAUGUGGUUGCUGAGACACCUGUAUCAUUUCUUCAAAAUGUUAGAGAUGUUACAUUUAUAGAUCAAAAGCCUUUAAGUCAAAGACUGACCUCAUUGAUUCGUACUCUGGAGCUAACUAACCUUGAUGAAUAUUAUGCAUUACAUAAAGUUGCUGGAUUUGCAACAUUAAUUUUAAUUUCAAUAGGCUUUUUGUUGAUUUUGGAACCUUUUGAAAAUGAUACCAUACCUAAUCCAGUACUUCAUCUCACAUGUCUUGAUGCCUCUAUUGCAAUUAAGCCAGUUUUUCAAAGAUUUAAAACUGUAGUGAUUACAUCAGGAACAUUAUCACCUCUUGACAUGUAUCCAAAAAUGUUGAAUUUUCGUGCUGUGAUUCAAGAAAGUUAUUCAAUGAGUCUUACUAGAAACUGCUUUCUACCACUGGUUAUUACUAGAGGAAGUGAUCAAGUGGCAAUAAGUUCAAAAUUUGAAGUAAGAAAUGAUCCUGCCGUAGUAAGAAAUUUUGGGCAAAUUCUUGUAGAGUAUUCAAAAAUAGUUCCUGAUGGCAUUGUGGCUUUUUUCCCUAGCUAUUUAUACAUGGAAUCAAUUGUGGCCAUGUGGAAUGAUAUGGGAAUUUUGAAUGAAGCAUUGAAAAAUAAAUUAAUAUUUAUUGAAACUCCUGAUGCAAUUGAGACAAGCCUUGCAUUGGAAAAUUAUCGUAAAGCAUGUGACAAUGGUAGAGGUGCCAUUUUACUUUCUGUUGCUCGCGGUAAAGUGUCAGAAGGUAUAGAUUUUGAUCAUAAUUAUGGUCGUGCUGUGAUAAUUUUUGGUGUACCAUAUCAAUAUACCGAGAGUAGAAUAUUAAAAGCACGUUUGGAAUUUCUUAGAGACAACUAUCAAAUACGUGAAAAUGAUUUUUUGACAUUUGAUGCAAUGCGUCAUGCAGCACAAUGCGUAGGAAGAGUGUUACGUGGGAAAACAGAUUACGGGCUUAUGAUAUUUGCUGAUAAAAGAUUUGGAAGAGCAGAUAAACGGAAUAAAUUACCAAAAUGGAUAAACCAACACAUUACAGAUAUAGCAAUAAAUUUAUCAACAGAUAUGGCUUUAGUGAUUGCAAAAAAAUUUUUAAGAUCCAUGGCACAGCCAUUUGAACAUGACAAAUUUGGAAUCAGUUUAUGGAGUCUGAAAGAUCUGGAAGCUAAACAACAACAAAAUAAUAGAAUUACACAAGCUUAA